AAAGCGAUACUUGGCUUCCGCCAUCAUCUGAGAUGCAUAAAGCUACCGUUUCUCUUCUUUCACGAUUCUCUGGGUCAGCAUACUUGAAACAAUCUCAUAACAUGCCGCCCAGUUGCCUCUCCGUCGAACAAAGGAUGACAGUCGAAAGGCCCGCCAACUUACACGAGGUGACACCAGGCCGAGGGGUUGUACAGCCAAUUUCCACCCAGCUCGGACUAGCUCCCCCUUAACGAAGCGCUCAUUAAGCCUCCUUGUCCUGCUCACCAACCUGAUUGACUUUCUUGGCUGUAUUCUACGGUCUAUGUGACGAUGGCGUGUGCCCCGACACCGACAGAGACCCAGUAUGCCGACGUCGUAACUACGACUGUCGUCCAGACAGUUUCCGACAGCGUCACUGUCUUACCACCGAGUGUGACUACGCUUACUUUGGUCUCCCAGUCGUGUUUCUCGCUGUCGGGGCCCGGUGGCCAUAAUGGAUGUGUACCGGUGGAUGUUACUUCGGUCAGCACGGUUGACGGCGGCGGCGAACGUACAGUCCAAGUACCAGCCGCAGUAACUUUCAAAGUCACAACUACUGUACCCAUUGCGACCCUCUUCGCACCUUGCGAAGACAACGAAUAUAUUGGGUCGAGCAGCGCAGUGGCUCCCUCGUCAAGAUCACCUCCACCGCCUUCGCCUGCAGGAUCUCUUCCACCGCCUCCUUCGUCCAAGUCCUCAUUGACUUCUAGCAUAGGAUAUCCAUCAACGGAUAUCCUUAUCACGACUACAGUCACACCAGCACCUUUGACUUAUGUAUCACAAGGGACAACGACCAUGUCGGAUGGAGGUGUCUACCUCACCGUCUUGACGAUCACUUCUACAUUCGGGCCUACGGCAAUUGUAGUGCCUAGUCCUGCACCUGCUACGACGCAUUACAACGUGACUGGUGCAUCAGAUGAUGGGCCGCGAAAUGUAACGGCACCCGUUGUUGGCGGUGUACUUGGAGGAUUCUUCGGGUUCUUCGGCCUUGUCGUCAUUGGAUGGAUCGUCUGGCGAAAACGUCAUCGUAUCUUCGGUCGCAACACUAAUCCAGCCCACGGCAUGUCCUAUAACAGUCCUCCCCCUUCACCGGUCUACGAACCAAAACCAAAACCGUACGAGUAUGGGUUAAUAGGAAGAGAUAGUUCACAUCCCUCUCGAGAACCUUCAGCCACAUUUAGCUCCUUUCCGUUGACAGUGCGGGACUCGUAUGCAAGUCUCGGGUACCAGGACGUACCCUUUCGUAGCCAUAGUCAAGGUCAGGUACAAGAAUUCGGGCAGAAGGCGCAGCAGCGACCAGUAUCGAGUGGCUCGCAAGAUCAAGGACAACGUCAUCGUCUUUCAUCGUCUGGUUCACAGGGUCAAGGACAGAGCCCAAGAUACUAUGGACACGCUUCAAGUCCUAGCCUGAAGCUAAGUCCUGGACACUCGAGGUCUACGACUGGAAGCUCAAGUACUCCUCUAUUGUCCACCCCACCUCUAUCUUUACCUUUUUCGAACUCGAAUGCACCGUAUACUUAUCCUCCUGAAACUCCCAAUACUCCAAACCCUCCGAGCGCAUAUUUCAUCCCUCAACCUACUUCUUCUACUGCGGGUACUCGUUCGUCGAGUGGGGGGCGAUAUGAUUCUGGGGGCGCUUAUCAGCACCCUCAUGAACCGUAUAUGCAACUGCAGCAAGCUCAGGCUUUACCACCUGGAGCUGCCCAACCUAUCCUUCGACAAUCGUGGCCUUCGCAAUAUCAAUCACAGCCUUCUCAACAACAGGAAGAAAAUCCAGGGAGGCUAAUGGCGAACCGCAGUUAGCUUUGUUGACUCGGAAUGUUGGAGAGUUUGAGGAUUCGAAGCGAGAGGAGGUAUUGGAGAGACCAAGUAACGCGUUGGUCGUGGUGAACAGGGGGACGCCGCCGUUGCCAUGAGGGAAGAGGUCGGGUUUUGUUCAUCUUCGGUUUGGAGUUUUUAUUUCUCCCUUUAGUGCAGAUACCCUUCGGGCGCAUGGGAUUAGAGCUGGAUACCUUCUACGUUUAUUAAGUUAGUCAGUUGCACUUUGUUUAUGUUGCUCCUCGCUUUCGCUUGCACAUGCAUUCCCUAUUCAUCUUGUUUUACAUAAUAAUUGACCACGAACUCUAAUAAGGAUAACUCUAAAAUCUGUAAAAGCGAAUGGCUAGCGAGGAGACAAAGUGCAUGCAGUAGACUACAAUCGAUGCACCCU